CCGAAUUAGCUAACCCGACCCGUACUCGGGUGGCUCUUUCUUUCAAUUCUUUCUUAUUUUGUGGUCGUUAAACAAAGACCGGAUAAGUUGAAGACAUUCGCGACCGUUAUUUAUUUCGCAGAGUGAUUAGAGAUAAAGAGAGAGACAGAGAGAAUCAAAACAAUGGCCACUGUGAAAAUCUCUCUUUCCUUGGCUUCGCUAUCACCAUCUUCUUCUUCUUCUUCAAUUCAAUCUAAGUUAUCACCAUCUUUCAUUCCCAAUGCGGCACCUGCAAAGGCGGUGAAGUUGCGAUUCAAUGGAAAGUCCCUGAGAGCAAAACCAAUGGUAUACAGAUCAUCUCGCUCCGUUGGAGUCACCUGCUCUGCUUCAUCUUCUCUGACGACUCUUCCCUCUGCUCUUCUCUUCGAUUGCGAUGGCGUUCUUGUUGAUACCGAGAAGGACGGUCACAGGAUCUCCUUCAACGACACUUUCAAAGAGAGAGAUUUGAAUGUUACGUGGGAUGUUGAUUUAUACGGCGAGUUACUUAAAAUCGGUGGUGGUAAAGAAAGGAUGACUGCGUAUUUUAACAAGGUUGGUUGGCCAGAGAAAGCUCCUAAAGAUGAAGCAGAGAGGAAAGAGUUCAUAGCUGGACUUCACAAGCAGAAGACUGAGCUUUUCAUGGUUCUUAUCGAGAAAAAGCUGCUUCCGCUUCGACCCGGUGUUGCAAAGUUGGUUGAUCAAGCUUUAACAAACGGAGUCAAAGUAGCUGUGUGCAGUACUUCAAAUGAGAAGGCGGUUUCUGCUAUAGUUUCAUGCUUGCUUGGACCAGAACGAGCAGAGAAAAUCAAGAUAUUCGCAGGAGACGUAGUCCCCAAAAAGAAACCUGAUCCAGCCAUCUACAACUUAGCAGCUGAAACCCUUGGAGUUGAUCCCUCAAAAUGUGUAGUGGUUGAAGACAGCGCGAUCGGGCUAGCAGCUGCAAAAGCUGCGGGAAUGACUUGUAUAGUUACAAAGAGUGGAUACACGGCUGAUGAAGAUUUCGAGAACGCAGAUGCGGUUUUCGACUGCAUUGGAGACCCUCCAGAAGAGAGAUUUGAUUUGGCAUUCUGUGGAAGUCUUCUCCGGAAACAGUUCGUUAGUUAAAAACUACAAACCACAUUAAGAAAAUUGUUUCUAUAUCAACAUUGUUGUGUAUAGUCAUUUGAACAGAACAUUCAUGUAAAACCAUAUAUAUAAUAUAAUUCGAUUAUAACAUUAUGAAGAAAAGCGUUACAAUAUAUUGGGCUUGUGAGCGUUGUUGGGUUU